GGCCUCAAUGAUGUCAUGGACGGUACCUCUCCAUGCGUGAUGGUGGCAGAAGCGGGUCUGGAGAGCUCCACCCAGUCUCUUCUCCAUCGACGGAGACCGAAGGUCCAAGAACUGCUUGACAGACGGUGUCGAGCCAAGUCUUCCGUUGCCCUCUUCGACACCUCCAAUUUGACUGCGGCGGUGGGUUGA